CCAGCGGCAGCUGCCGGAGAGCCAGGCGGACAGAAACACUGUGGCUGCGGCUCUGAACGCACCGGAGGAGCUGCUUCUGUCUCACCGCGGAUAUUUGACCACACGCCUCCAUCCUCCUCUCCCCUCUUCCUCCUCCUCCCCCCGCUGGAUCCCCUCUUCACUUCUUUUUUGUUGUUUUUAUCCCUGAAUCACCUGUUUCCUCCAUCCCUCCAUCCUGCCUCCUUCCUCCUCACAGUUCAGCAUCCUCUCCUCCAAUCUGCCUCGCCAACUUUUUCCAUCGCACUCAUCCUCCCUGCUGGCUCCCAGCUCUGGUUCUGGUUCUGGUUCUUGCUGUACCGCCUCGGAUCGGCUCCGUUGCUCCGGGCCGCUGAUUCAUGGGGCGCACCGUGUCGCUCGGAAAAUGCUCCGCCGUCGGGCUGUAGGCGCCCCGCUGCUGCGCGCCGUUCCCCCGCCUCGCCCGAGCUGCGGCCGGGGCCACUGAGAGAGAGAGAUGGGUCCGUCCGCUCCGGCUCGGCCGAACCGGUGUUGGGUUACGGCCGCGGCUCUAACUGGAGGCUGGAUCCGGAUCACCAUCGUCUCCUUCCUCGCUACUUUACCUGUGGAGCAGCUGCGCGCCUUCCCGUCCUCCCUCAGCGACUGCCAGACGCCGACCGGCUGGAACUGCUCCGGUUUUGAUGACCGGGACACGGACCUGUUCUUGUGCGACACCAAUACCUGCAAGUUUGAUGGGGAGUGCCUAAGAAUUGGGAAUAUGGUGACGUGCAUUUGUGACUUUAAGUGCAACAACGACUACGCCCCGGUGUGCGGCUCCAACAACAAGAACUACCAGAACGAGUGUUUCCUCCGCAGAGACGCCUGCAAGCUGCAGUCUGAAGUCCUUAUUAUGUCAGAGGGAGACUGUCCUGCCGAUGCUGGGUCGGGAUCGGGAGAUGAUGGAGGUGAAGGUUCAGCCGAGACCGGCCAGAAGGAGACGUCCACCUGCGACAUCUGCCAGUUCGGAGCGGAGUGCGACGUAGACGCCGAGGACGUUUGGUGCGUCUGCAACAUCGACUGCUCUCACAUCAGCUUCAACCCGGUGUGCGCCUCCGACGGACGCUCCUACGACAACCCCUGCCAGGUGAAGGAGGCGUCCUGCCAGAAGCAGGAGCGCAUCGAAGUCAAGUACCUGGGCCGCUGCCAAGGCGACAUCACUACUGGGAACAAAGGAGACGGACACUUUUCUCACACAACGGAGGACUCGGGGACAGGACUGGCCCGCGGCUUGUACAUCCCCUGUCCGGAUCACUACAAGAACUACUGCGCCCACGGAGACUGUCAGUUCCCCAACAUGCUCUCCCAGCCGUCCUGCAGCUGUCACUCAGGCUACAUGGGCCCUAAAUGUGACAUCAAAGAGUACAACGUGCUGUAUGUGGUGCCGGGCUCUGGGAAGCUGCACUACGUCCUGAUCGCCUCCAUCAUCGGAGCCCUGCAGGUGGUCAUCAUCUGCGUGGUGGUGCUCUGCAUCACCAGGAAGUGCCCUCGGACCAACAGGAUCAACCGGCAGAAGCAGAACAAUGUCCACUUCAGCUCUGAGAACACCAUGCGCGCCUCCACUCGUCUUAUCUGAGCCCAGACUCGCCGGACAGCGUCCAGCCCCCCAACGUGACGCAGCGCCGUGGCGUUUGAUGUUUCCUUCGUAGGCCAACCCUGACCUUUAGCGUCCGCCUCCCUUCACUCGGCUCCCCCUCUCCUGGGUACUAACGACCACAGAGGACGCUGGCUCAGCGACUUGUGCGCCAGGACGAUGUUGUCGCCAUCGGACGCCGACGCUGUCUCCCUUUUUCCGAGGAUUUUUUUCUGAAAAACUGCAGGAGGACAUGGGGGGGGGGGGGGGGGGGGCGUCCAGGACACUGAAUGUGAGUGUGUGUGAGUGUCUUAUUAGAUGUGUGCGCUUUGGUAGAGGCCGACUAGCCGGCGUCUGUUCUUUGUAGACGAGGGGCAACAAGCAAACCGGGGGUAGUGCAAAGCAGGGUACCGGGGCUUUAAUAACCGCAGUGUGUGUUCAGUGUGGGAGGGGGGCGGGCGGGGUUUCGGGUUACACGUGAUGCCUUGCACCUUGUGUUAUAGGAAACCUUUGACGGAGGGCACAACGUCAUUCUAGAGCUCUCUGUUCGGUUGUGACGACGACGUCAGCUACUGUAUGUUGAGUUCUAUUUCCAAUAGUUAUUACGACAUUGUCUUGAUGGGGUCCGUUUUUUCUGUAAAUGUAAAUAAAUAAUUUAUAUCAUGAAAUGUUUA